GUACAUUGACCUGGCUCCGGCAGAAGGCAGCUCCUCAGUGAGGCUUCGGUUGAAGGAUGGGGCAGCUGCUCACUCCUGGUUCACUGCCCUCCUCUCCGCUGCCGCCGCGCUGCUGCCCCGGGUGAAGUCCGAUCUGCGUGCACUGGCGGGCUCGGCUGGGAUCGCGGGAAAUGCCGAGCUGCGCCACGUGGGCUGGCUGACAGAGCAGGUCUCCGGUGAGCUGGAGAAGCCGGUCCUCGCUCUCCUCACUGAGAAGGAGCUGCUGCUGUACAGCUGUUUGCCCCAGACCAGAGAACAGCUGGACAACCCCUGCUCCCGGCACCCCCUCAUUGCCACCAGACUGGUUCACUCCGGCCCUGCCAGGGGGCCACUGGCGACAGACACUGACCUGUCCUUCGUGCUGAGGGCUGGCACAAGGCGCGGAGUGGAGACGCGCCUCUUCUCCACAGCGACUCCUGCCGACCUGGGGCUGUGGACACGACUUCUGGUGGACGGGUGUCACAGUGCGGCUGAGAUGGUGCAGGAGGUGCUCACUGCUUGUACCUGGAAUGGGAGGAGCUGCCAGUUGGGGGUUCACCUGGAGAAGGGGUUCAGCAUCUACCCGGACACCGCCGACCAGGGCCGGCUCCAGCCCCUCCUUAGCCAACCCUUCCAGAAGCUCCGCAUGUCCUCCGACGACGGGCUCCGCCAGCUGUUUCUGGACUUUGGUGGUCCUGAGGGUGAGAUUUUGAACCUGGAGACCUGCCCCAAGACCAUAGUCUUUAUCAUUCAUUCCUUCUUGUCGGCCAAAGUGACCCGCCUCGGCCUGCUUGCUUAGCCCACCGGAGCCGGAGCUGGCGCUGUCAACGGGGAGGGACGGAGACAGUGGCAGCUUCUCUGACCCUCGUUCACAGUAACCCAUGUGGAGGAGUAACAUUAACUGGGCCCCUCCACACCUGCUCAACAACGUUGCCAUUACUGAUGUCAACUUUUCUAACAAUAUGAAGCACAGUUUCUAUAGUUUAUGCAAAUUAAAUCUCUAAUACUGAAUAUUUUAAGGUCGGAACGGAUGGAAUCGCGCUUUGCUCGCAGCGUUCAGGUAUUUCCCGUGUGAUGCACGUUUACACCGAGGACUGAUGAGGACUUGGAGCGCACAGCUCUCUCCUCAGUCUGGCCGACAUUCCCUGGUGCUUUCGGUUGGCUCACUGUUCAGUGUGCAGACCCACACAGAGUGAGGGCUGGUGACAACCCUGUGCCUCACCACUGCUACAGGACCGUCCCCGCGCGCGUGGCCCUCCACUGCCUGCUUUGGAACAAGUGGCACAACUUCCCUCCACACAGGCUAGGCCCUUGGCCAACCACACCAGGUGUCAGCUGCUGGGUACCAUGGGAUUCCUGGCUGUGCAAAGUUCCUUUAUGGGCUGUCAGUAUUUCACAAGUUAAACUCCUCCAGACUGGUGCAUGCCAAGGCCAGAAUAUCCUCCCUUCCCACCCUCUCGUCUCCUUGCCUCUGUCGCUCUGAGGACUGCGUACAGUCAGUGUAAACUCUGGGCUCAUUCUGACAAACACCCACUUUUCUCCUUUGUCAAGUAUUCACUGGCCGUGUUAACCCUCAGCUGUAAAUCCUAAAGUGGUGGCAUGGUUUAUAUUUUCUCCAGGCCCCCUCAGGCUGGAGAGGGAGAGAAAUCUUGCAGCUGCUUGAAGCCCAGGUGCAGAGUUAGAGAUGGUCUGUCGGGUUCAGGCAGUGGGUGGGAUGAACCUUCCUGUUUAGAGCUGGUGACAUUAACCAAACCAGUGAACCAGAAGCAGAGGGGAGACUCUUUUUAUCUCUCCCCUCCUCCCCGGUGGCCAGAGAGAGUCCCAAUUCUGGGGGCAAGGGUGGGGUCCAAGGAGCUGGGCUCCUCUGAGCUGGAGGCUUCAGGAUUCCCAAUUGUUGGGGGUCAGCCGGGAAUAAUUCCCACAUUUUUUCUGAGCCUAUAUCUCACAACAAGCUUUGUACAUUAUAUCCUCACUAAUUUAAGAAUUAAGAAUAAGCUUUGCCAAUUUUGCUGUAAAUACCUCAAAUAUGGAAUUAAAACUAAGACA